GUACCAGUCCCGUUUAGGACAGGUUUAGCGAACGCUUAGCGGUUCUUGGAUCCCUGCAGGUGAACUUGAACUUUUAGAAUUGAGCAGCCCUGAGAGCUCAGUACACACCUAAGUUCUGUAUAGGAGAGAGUGGCAGGCACAAGGAUGAAAAGCUAAAAAGUGGUGUGUGGGGUUCUGUUUCCCAUCCUGUUGGGAGCCUAGUUCGGCAUUAAUGCUAACAGUGCGGCACUACCUGGCACUAGUACGCACUCAUGUUUUCUGCCAGGAAAGCCGCAGCCGUUUGGCUUUUCCUUACCUUUGAACGGGUUCUGACUGCACAGACACCUCUGUCGAGUCAUGCGCCUUUAUCCUUUUACCAGGGGGUCGAAAAUGAUCUUGGACGAUGGGAUCUUGGUGAAGCGCCUGCGGUGAACGCGACAGGACAUCUGGUGUUUGAAACGGCCAAUUCCCUGCUUCACACUGGGCAAACACACGUUAUCGUAUUGCGCUGCGAACCUCCCCGAGGGCACCUUGGACACCCAAGAUCUCGUGGCGUGGUCGGAAAUGAACCCGACUGGGUGAACCAUGAAAAGCAGCGCAUUAUGGAUCUGUGUAAAUGGGGUCAGAAAUAUGGUGUGAAUGGCUUUGUGAGUGAAAUCAUGAUCUGCAACUUCACCUCUCACAUGGAGGUCGUUUCGUUCUUAAAUCUCGAGAGCACUCGCAUCGGCCCGCCCACGAAUUGGCCAGAGGACCUCAAUACUGUGCAUCACGUUUAUGAAGUAAUGCAUUCUGCUUCAUGGCACGGAAAUUAUCCAGGAGAAACCCGGAUUGUGCUUGAUUUUUCUGGGCUAGUCUCUUUCUACGACACCGCUCUCGUUCCCUCCUUGGUGCCGCGUCGUGUAGGUUUGGAGCGGUGGGAUCAUCGAGUGGGAGGCAUAUCAUCAGGGGAUAUAGAACGUGUCCACGACAGGCUAGCUCAAGCGUUGGUACGACCACCCGUGACAACCAGCGGCAUUGACUGGAAGACCGUCUUGCGGGUGGUGGUUGAUCGAUAUGCCAGCCGCCUGGAGCUGAUGCAGUACCUUUUGAACAUGACGUUGGAUGAUAGGUUGAUCUUUGAUCACGCGCAACAAGUCCAGAGACGACUGCCUCGACCUUCUAAUACCAAUACGUCUGCCACUGGCAACGCGACAAAUUCGUGGGCUGCGCCAGUUUUUCGCGAAUGUGCUACAUCGCACACGGCCUCCAUAGUAGCUCAUGGAGUAACAUUGAUGCCCUCUGAACAUUUGCUCCUGCAGGCGGUGCGGGAAACUACGCGUGAAAUAUGCCGCGUUGUCACGAAGAUGUGGGCUUCUGGAUUGAUUGUUGGAGUCGACCCUUUUUAUCCUCCAGAACAAUUCCCAGAAGCUGAUCACAUACAUACUCUCAUGGGCGAAUGGAAGGAAGAUGUGACACGAUUAAUCUCCUGGUUAGAUUGGAGCGUGUGGGUGAAGUGCCGACCGGCCUGUGGUAUCGAGGUAACAAAGGGAUGUGCUACUUACCUACUUGGCCCUUUGGCUUUUUCCCCGCCUCCCGGUGGUGCAGACGAUGCUCCACCAUUUCAGGACAGUGCUUCGUUAUGGCCAGACCCAAACAAAGGGGAAUGGAAGAGACCACAACCCAAGUGCAUCAGACGGCUGGAGCCAUAUGGUUUUUAGGAUAUAAGAUUCACAUGCAUUAUAGCUGAUAUAUACACGUCUUUGAGCUUUAGUCCUUUGUAAAAUUAUAGUUUAAGCGCUGCGUGACGUUCUUACCCG